AGCUGUAGCAUAUCUCUUUAGACCAUUACAUUUUUUUUUACUAUCUCUGUGGUUGUUCAUUUCUUUACUUCCUACUGUGUUUUUGGAUACUCUUCAUGUUCAGCUGCUGCUUGCUUCAUUAUACCUCACUUCUAUAAAGUUAUCAAAAUUAAUUAUAUUUAAGGUGACCAGUUAGGUUGUGUGAAAUAGAACCUAGUGGUCUGGCCCUUAACCAGAUCCAACAAUAGUGGUUGGAGUAAUUUGAGAUAAGCUCUCUUUGGUUGGAUACACUAUCCAAUACUAGUUCAUUUGUGGGGUACCAAUAUGUGAUAAUAGGAGGGAUUAGUUUUUCAAGGAAAGGGUUAAUGUAAAUUUUAGAAAAAAUGGAGAUUGAUAAAAUAUAAAUUGUUUUUUUUAGAUAAUGGUAUAAAGUCUGAAAAGGUUACACAAAUUGGACUCGUCCAAAUUACAUGACAAAAGACUCUAGCAAGUCCAUAAAAUCUUAAAGAUCAGUAGCAAAAGACCCACUGCUCCUAAAACAACAGAUUCUGAAUACAUUUGAAUUUUACAACAGCUGCAAAAUCCUUCUUCCCAUCAAAGCAUCUUUAGAUCUUUCCUAGCCAUAUAGUCCAUGCUUAAGUUGCUCGGACUCGACUGCGGGUGUCCGAUACGGGUGCGGAUCUAAAGGUCGAAUCGUUCAUUAUCAAAUUUUUAAGUUUUGGGGAUAUGGAUUCAUGUAUGGAUACGGGUGCGGGGAUUCACCUAAAAAUAAUUAGAAUAUCUAAAAAUAGAGCUAUAAAACCUAUAUUAUGAGAUAUUCUGUGGAGAACUUGAGGAGAAUCCUGGAAGGAGAUCAAAGGAAAAGGAGUGACAUAGAAAUUUCUAUAUAAAAGGUAUUUCAUCUCUUCAAUUUCACCUAAGCUUUUGUAUUGAUUACAUAAAUCAUUAAAAUUGUCCAGACUUUCCCCAUCGAUUUCGGUCGAAGUACCCAAAAUCGGUUGACCAAAUCGGACAUGGAUCCCACACCCUAAGUUGCUCAGUCUCGGGUGCGAGUGUCCGGUACGGGUGUGGCACCAAAAGUGAAGAGUUUGAGCAACUUAGGUCCAUCCUAUGCACAAGGUGACUCACUCCAAAGCCUCUUGGUCUCCUGUCAAUCUCUUUGUUUGUCAAAUAUGGAGUAGCUAUCAAAAGUUUGAUGGCAUUACCAAGUGAACUCCAAAAAUGCAUAAAAUUAUAUAUCAAAUCUGCCAUGAAAUUGCUACAGUGAAGUAGCAAGUGAUCUACUGAUUCCCUAGCAUUCUCAUAUAAAAAGCACUUGCUACAAUGAAUAAAUCGUUUCUCCUGCAGCCGAUCCUGCGAUAAAUACGCUCCGAGAGCAGCCAGCCAUCCCAAACAAGCCACUUUCGCUGGUACUUUUGUCUUCCAUAUCAUUUUCCAUGGCCAAUUUUUUUCAUAUUCCGCUGGAAGUUCUAAACUUUUAGCAUCAUGGCAUGUCUGAACAGUUAAUUCAGAGUGGUAGAACGAAAGCUCUACCAUAGCUACCAUGAAAAUAUAGCACAGCAGAAAAAGUUUAUGGGAAUGCGUGACUUCAAUAUUUCAUGCUUCUAUCUAUUUAUAUAGACUUUAGACAGAGGAUUUUACACUCAGGUUCUAUGAAAGUCUAUCUAAUAUCAAAGGCACCUUUCUCGAAGCAUCAUCCUGAAGUUCCCUCUGGAUUUGGGGAACCCCAUUCCGGUGGACUUUCUCCACUGGAAAACUCCAUCUUCAUCCUUUCUCUUCAAGCUUCUUUUCCUCCAACUGGAAGAGUCAAUAUAGGAGUGGUAGUAAGCAACUCCUUGAGCUUCCGUAAACUCAACUCACACUCCUUAGACCACUCAAAUGGAACUUUUUUUCGCUCUUGAUAACUUGAUCCUCAUGAACAGGAUGGACAAUAGAAUCUAUUUCUGGUUAGGGGGAAAUUGUAUGACAUCCUGAGUCGAGAUCAAAAGUGGAGACAUGCUAUGAUUGGGUAGGAAGUUGCAGGUACCAUAUAAGAAGAACAAUUUUUAGCAAGAGGGCUCUUAUAUGGAUCUACAGAAUAGGCUGAUUUUUUUAACAUUACCAUUUUCAAAAGAAAAAAAAAAGAAUAGGUUGAUUUGGUUUAUUUUAUUUUUAGUUGGUGAAUUGACUCAUAUUCUCUUUCCUAGUUCACUUAACCAGCGGUAUUCUUGUCUUUUCACCGCGUAGAAACCCAUUUCCUCUCCUCACCAUCUCAAAUGCAUCGUCAUAUGUUUACUUCCUCUGCGAUGCAGGUGCCAGAAGAUUGAUCUCUAGCAACUCACUUGGCUUCGCAUGACUCUCAAUAGCCCUUUUCCCCUGUCUCCCAUCCUUCGCCCUUUCUUCCUCAUCUCCUCACUGCCCUACUCCCUUGUGGACAAGCAAGAAAUGUCAGACUUCAGGGUACAACUAUAUCCUAAACCCCAAGGCCCCAUCUUCUGUCUUCAAGGAAGCUCAAAAUUUCCCCCCUUUUCUCACCACAAGUCUCACCCUGGAGAGGUUGUGUAGACUGUGAACUGAUUUUCUAAAAGGUAUUUAUGUCCAAAAUGUUUGGAGAUAUGCAUACAAGGUUUAAACUUCAUUCUCGAUUCUAUGAGAAUUUGUUAGCACCCCUUUAGUCUACCAACGGUUUACACAUGGGAGAUUUAAGGAAAUUAGAAAGUAGAUUACUUUAGCUUAUAAGUUAUUUUACUACAACUUUUAAGUAUUCAUGUUUUUAUUUUCUGUGUAGCAGUUAUUGCAGUAAGGAGGUUACUCCUCCACUUUCUCAUUCAGUUGUAGUAGGCAGUAGGCAGUUACUUUCUUUGUUUCAGUGUUGUAUUUAAUGUAUUUGAAUUCAGUGAAAGGUUAUGCAGAAAAUUACUAAGUCUUUGAGUACUUCAAACUCAAAAGAUUGCAGGUUCUCUCUUAACGAACCAGCAUCAUAGGUCGUAGGAAGAAAACAUUCGAUUUCACACUACAACGCCCCAUAACUAGAUCCAUAUUAGGGGACCAUAACAACUUGGUAUCAGAGACGAAGGUUAUGGGAGAUCAAAUUCAACAUCAACUGGCACAAUUGGUGAACUUAUUUCAAGAAGAACGUGCAGCCAAUAUAGCGAGACAGGAAGCAAUAAAUGCUCGCUUAGAUGCACUCACAAAAGAUCUAGCGAAUUCGAAGGUUGAUUCUGAAUCAACUGAUCAUACCAGUCAGAAUCGGGGCUGGAAGGGUAAAAGUGGAGUGGCAGAAGGGUCAAAAUUAGAUGCAGGAGGAAGUUCCUUCAUUCCUAGGUAUACAAAGUUGGAUUUUCCAUGGUUUACUGGCCAAGGGGACCCUUUGGGAUGGUUGAACAGAUGUGAUCACUUUUUUCGACACCAACAGACUCCAGAUGAAGAAAAAGUUGGUCUUGCUUCUUUUCAUUUAGAGGGGAAUGCACAACUUUGGUUUCUUCAACUAGAGACAGAUCUGCCUGAACCGUCUUGGGAUGAGUUUAAACGUUAUUGUAACCUUCGUUUUGGGCCACCAAUCAGAAGUCAGAAGUUAGGAGAAUUGGCUAAGUUGCGCCAGAUUGGGUCCGUGGCAGAUUACCAAGAAAAGUUUGAGCAGGUAGUUUCCCGGGCUGGUACACUUACACAAUCACAAAAGAUAGAACUUUAUAUUAGUGGUCUUGUGGAUUGUAUAGCAAUUGAGGUUGAGUUGCAUAAUCCUCUAGAUUUGGCUACGGCGAUGAGUUUAUCCCGGCUUUAUGAACGCAAGGGACAACCUUUUCGUUCGCAACUGUUAGAUGGUCGCAGAUCCAAAACAUCAGAUUUCUCACCUCCACAGCGCACUAGAUUUGUAAGGAAAUUGACUAGAUCUGAGAUGGAUGAAAGAAGACUUAAGGGUCUCUGCUUCAACUGUGAUGAAGUCUUCACUCGGGGCCAUCUGUGCAAGAAAUUAUUCUGGAUUGAUUCCAUAGACGAAGAGGAAGAAUCUCUGGAACAGGAGACAAAUCCUAAUAUAGAUCAACCUGAAAUUUCUUUGCAAGCCAUCAUUGGUGUCACAGCUCCACAAAAUAUGCGGUUACAAGGCCAACUGGCAGGGAAUCCAGUGGUGUCAUUAGUCGAUUCUGGAAGUACUCAUAGCUUUGUGAACUCUAAAAUUGUGUCACAAUUCAAUCUUCAAGUUGAGAGGCGAGAAGGGCUACGAGUAGUGGUGGUAAAUGGAGAACGGGUCAGAAGUCCGGGACAAUGCGAAGGAGUUUCAAUAUGGUUUGGUAAUCAUGCUUUCCAUAUUGAUUUAUAUGUCCUCAAUCUAAGUGGAUUUGAUGUGGUUCUAGGUGUGAAUUGGCUUAAAACUUUAGGACCCAUACUGUGGGACUUUACAGAUAUGUGGAUGUCAUUCUUCAAAAAUGGAAAACAAGUGGAGUUACAAGGUGUUAAGUCUCCUGAUCCAACUCAAGGAGCAACAACUCAUGUUAUGCUGGCUGACAAAGAUAAUCAGGAAGAAUUGCAAAUCAUUUUGAAAGAUUUUGCUUGCCUCUUUAAUGAACCAGUAGGGCUCCCUGCUAAACGUGAUUGUGACCACAAAAUUGUUCUGGAACCAGGAACAAAACCUGUUGUAGUUCGACCAUAUAGAUAUCCACAUAAUCAAAAGGAUGAAAUUGAAAGACAAUGUUCAGAGAUGUUGAAGCAGGGAAUAAUUCGGCCAAGUCAGUCUCCAUUCUCUUCCCCGGUGCUUCUUGUUCCUAAAUCUGAUGGUUCUUGGCGUAUGUGCAUUGAUUAUCGUGAGUUGAAUGCAAAAACAAUCAAAGAUAAAUUUCCUAUUCCAAUAAUUGAAGAAUUGUUGGAGGAAUUGUUUGGGGCUAAAUAUUUCUCUAAAUUAGACUUACGCCAAGGUUAUUAUCAAGUUCGGAUGAAAGAGGAUGAUGUGGAGAAAACUGGUUUUCGUACUCACCAUGGGCAUUUUGAGUUUUUGGUUAUGCCCUUUGGUUUAACCAACGCUCCAUCUACCUUUCAAUCAUUAGUGAAAGAGGUAUUUCAGCUUCACUUGAGAAAAUUUAUUUUGGUGUUUUUUGAUGAUAUUCUUGUGUAUAGUCGCACUUGGGUCGAACAUAUGUAUCAUCUGCGACUUGUUUUCAAGUUACUCUCCGAUCAUCAUCUUUUUCUGAAGCAAUCAAAGUGUUCAUUUGCCCAAACUGAAAUUGCUUAUUUGGGCCACCUCAUCACUGCUGAUGGAGUUUCUGCAGAUUCCAGCAAAAUUUCAGCCAUGACUGAAUGGUCCAAACCUACAACUCUUAAGGGGUUGCGAGGUUUCCUAGGCCUCACAGGAUAUUAUCGCAAGUUUGUGGAAAAUUAUGGAUCCAUAGCUGAACCAUUAACAGCCAUGCUCCGCAAGAAUUCAUUUAUAUGGACAGAUCAAUCAACACAAGCUUUCAAAAAACUCAAGGUUGCUAUGACAACUACACCUGUAUUGGCACUUCCAGAUUUUUCUCAACCUUUUGUUAUUGAAUGUGAUGCUUCAGAUCUGGGUAUUGGGGCUGUUUUAUUGCAGAAUAAACAACCCAUUGCUUUUUUUAGCAGAGUAUUGGCAAGGAGACACCAGCCACUGCCCGCUUAUGAAAAAGAAUUGAUAGGUCUAGUGAAAGCUAUUCGGCAAUGGCGUUCUUAUUUAUGGGGGCAACACUUCAUAGUUCGUACUGAUCACUACAGUUUGAAGUUUUUAUUAGAACAAAAGGCACUAACUCCUCCGCAACAACAUUGGUUGGCCAAGAUUCUGGGUUACUCAUUUUCGGUUGAAUACAAGGCUGGUCGUUUAAACACUGUCGCUGAUGCCUUAUCUCGUCGAGAUAAUGAUGAAGCUAUGCUUCUUGCCAUUUCCAUGCCUCAAUUAAGCCUUUUUGAUGACAUUAGAAAUGAACAACAAAACUCUCCUGAUGUCCAGCAGUUAAUAUCUGAUGUCCAUGAUGGUACUGCAUCAGAUCAGUGGAGCGUCAAGAAUGGGUUGCUUCUGUAUAAACACCGAACAUUCUUGGCAUCAAACUCUCCUUCCAUUCAGACAGUCAUGACUGCCUUGCAUAACCAGGGACAUGAGGGGUACCAAAAAUCACUUUUUCAGAUUACAAGGGAUUUCCAGCCUCAAAUGCUUUCUCCCGUCCACCUUCUUCCUCUUUUAAGGAUGUGUGCCACUUGUUCUUCACUCACGAACUGUAACAAGAACUGAAUUUCACCCAACUUCGAGAUCUUCAGGUCAUCGAUACCACUCCUAAUAUAUGUGCCAAGUUGGAAUUUGAAUUGGGUUAUGUAUCACUAGUAGGAGAUGUGGGCUUGGAAGGAACCACAAUCUGACUGAGACUGUGCAGAGUGAUAAGGCACAAGUUUAGAUGAGUUUGGGGAGAGAAAUGUGGACUCUUAUUACCAAAAUAAGAGAGGAUAAUUAAGGAGUAGAGUACUGCUUGAUAUAUGGGAAUGUGGUUGACAAAGAAUGAAGUCUUUUGAGAAUUACGUGACCUGUAGUUUGAAGAAGCAGGUGUUAGAGACAACAUGGGUAUGGAGGAGGAAGGGAUGCGGAUGAAGAGGUUUUCAUUGGGCUCUGAUACCAUAUAAAACUAGAUCACAAGUGAAAGAUAAGGUGGAAGCUCUGUAGUAGAUCACAAACAAAAGAUAAGAUGAAAGCUCUUGUUUAAUUGAUUAAAUUUGUGGUUAAAACAAUUCUUUAUAAUACAAAAAAUUGCAGGAUACAAAAUAUACAUCUGUGAUGUCCUUCAUGAUAACCCGUUGGUUAGAGAGGAGCAUGUUUUUCCAUGUAAUAUAAUAUGGAUACCAAAGGUGCCGAGGAAGGUGUGUUCUUUUUCUGGGCUAGCUGCUAGAGGGUUGAUUUUGACAGUGGAAAAUCUUAGAAAACGGAAGGUUGCUUGCGUUGGUUGGCAUGUGUAAGAAGACGGGUGAGGACGUGGAUCAUCUUCUUCUCCAUUGUGGGUUAACCAUGAGGUUAUGGUGUGAUAUGUUUAGGUGGUUUGACACUCCAUAGGCAAUGCCAAAAUUGUGAAAGAGUGGAAGGAGGAGAAGACGAAGGACUUGGAAUGUGGUACCACUUGUGUUAAUGUGGGUUGUUUGGAGAGAGGAAUAGGAAAGCUUUUGAAGGAGUUGAGUCGAGUUUCUCCCAAUUGAUGAGUAGUCUCCGUUCCCUUAUUUCCUUUUGGUGUUCACAUAAAGUUCCUUGUUGUAUAGAUAAUUGGGUGGAGUUUGAAGAGAAUCAUAUCAUGCAGAUUCUUUACAUUUUGGUUUACCCCUUGUAUACAACAUUUAGUCCAUGUUUCACAAUGAAAAUAUAUUUACCUGAUAAAAAGAAAGAACAAAAAAGGAUACAAAAUAUACAUGGAAUCUAAAGGAUACUUAUUUACGCAUCCUUUUGAGUUGUAGGUGGACAGUGUUUCAUUUUUGUAUAACUUGACGAUACCUUAGGUCCAAAACCUUAAGCUAAUUUGUAAUCCAUGAAUUUGGAAGUGGAUCACCAGGUGAUCUGUCAAUCUUUUGCAUAUGUGCAUCACUUGUUCGCCCUUUUAAAAUGCAUGAUAUCUUAGGUGCAACACGUUACCGUGGCGUUGUUCCUAAUGCUUCAAAAACCGAAUCAUACUUCACCUUGAAUAAUCCUUUGUUUCUGUUAAAGACGUAUCAUAUGGAAUCGUGGAAGCAGCCAUAUCUUGAAGUCAGCAACACCUUGUCAUCUUCUAUUAUUGAAUUUAUUUUGAGAUAAGGGUAAUUUCUAUUAUUGAAUUUCUUUUCUUCCAUUAUGCUCUAAUGUAUAUCCUCCAUUACUUUCCCUCACAAAAGUUGCUUAUGUCAGGUCAAUCUGUUUGUCCAUGGAUUUAGAUGUAAGUUAGACCAAAGUAAGUAAUCAAAGAAGACUGCCUUCGGAUUCUUAGCCAUCUGCAAAAAUGCCUAAUUAAACCUAUCAAUGCCGAUUAGAAUGUAAUCUAAUUAAAAGAAAACCACUUCAACCUAAAAACGAGUCUCCCAUCUGAUUCAAGGAGGGUAAAACAAUGAUAUUUUCCAACUUAAUCAUGAGCUCAGAAUCCUUCACUGCAAGUUUCUAGUUUGGUUUCUAAAGAAAUGCAAACUAAAUUAAGCUUAAGAUGAUUGCCGCUUUGUUUUUCCUGAAUAUAUGUCCUGUAUUUCUGGUAUUUAUUGCACUUACUUUUUCAUGCUAUUUUUUUUUUUGUUGAAUUGCAACUUACAAUAUGCAGUGGAAUAUACUUUUAAAAUUUUUGA